GCCUCUUCAACUCGGAAUGACACCCAAUAUCAGCCGGCUAUCGGACACAUCGAUCAGGGCAACCCAGAACCCCUCCCUCGUCAGAUGCUGAACAGAUGAUGAUCUGCGCUGAUAAGCAGAGCCAGAGCUUCUGCCUCAGGUCCUGGGAAUACAGCAUCACUGUUGAAGUCAUGAACUUGUCUCUUACUGCACCACCUCUAACUGUUAGCAGGAUGCUGUCCAUUUGAAUAAGUCGCAAUAGAUGAUACACACAAUCAACGCUCUAUACUCAAGCUAUGGAAUCCAUCAACUGCUCCUUCGAUAAUUUACGAGAGCUUGUCGAUGGGCAUUAUGCCCCAAGAGGCUUGCUCAUCAUCGUUCUUUGUGUAACAGUCCUCGUGGUCUUAACGUUACACUUGAAGGCAGUCUCAGAGCCCCGGGCCCUUGCGGACCCCAUCCCGUUCAUCUUUAAUACUAUACAGUUUGUGACUGACAACGAAAGGUUUAUGCAUAGAGUUUCAAAAGCAUUAGAGAAAGCCAAUUCUGCCAGAUUCUACCUAGGCUGGAAAGAGGUAUACCUACUGGCCGGGCCGAGAAACAUCCAGACCAUUUUCGGACGAUUGCACGACAAAAUAGGAAAUGAGGAUAUUAUGGUUCGCAGUGUACUGCCCAACCUAUACAGGAUGUCCAAGGAUGAAGUCAAACGGUUUGCCGACGACCACUCCGGACGUGGACGGCUCCCGGCCCCCGGCACCGAAAACAUCACCGCAGAUCAGCGAUACUGGCGCGCAUACGAACACUACCACACCGAGUACUUGGUACGAACGAAUCAUCUCAAGCCUAUGAUUGAAUUCUUCCGCUGUCAGUUCUCCAGCGCAUUGGAAAGAAGAUAUCCCGUAGAUGAGUGGACCACGAUUAGCGUCAUGGAUCUGUGCCGAAGCGAAAUAACGGAAUGCGCCAUCUCUACCCUAUUCGGACCAAGCAUAUUCGAGCUGAACCCAGGCUUACUUGAUGCGUUCUGGGCAUUCGACGCCAACCUCUUCACCCUCACGCUGGGGUUCCCGGCUUGGUUGAACCCACGACCCUACCGGAUCCGCGACCGGUAUUACGCCAUGAUAGGAAAGUACCUGGAUGCUGCGUGGUCCAAAUUCGACUGGAAUGGCCCGUCUGCCGAAGUGUUUUGGGAACCACUUUUUGGUGCUCGGGUCUGUCGCGAGAUAGUCAAGUGGCUCAAAGACGAUGGGUUCCAGGCCGAAGCAGCUGCUGGAGCUCUAGGCAUGCUGCUGAUGGCGCAGAAUUCCAAUUCUAUCCCGACGACCAUGUGGAUGAUUAUGGAAAUAACCAAGGACCCCUCCCUGCUUCAAGCAAUACGCGACGAGGUGGCCACAGCCCACAAGACCGAUCUCGAAACAGGCGCUCUUAUGAUCGACUCGGACAAGCUGGUGACAUUGCCGUUACUGCAGUCCGUGUUCACCGAGGUUUUGCGGAUGCACAUCAACUUUAACAUAAUCCGCCAUGUCAAGGAGCCCAUAGCCAUGAAAGGCUUCGUCAUUGGCAAGGGGUCGAUGCUGCAGGUGCCGAUGUUGGUUCCUCAUUACGACGAGAGUGUCUGGGGCGUUGAAGGGCACCCUGCCAAAGAGUUCUGGGCGGGGCGCCAUCUUAAGUAUGUCGAGGAUACAGACGAGUCCGGCAGUGUCAGUCGCAAGCUUGCAUACUCUAUGGCGGGCCGCUCAAAUUCUUUCUUUCCAUUUGGUGGCGGGCAAUUUAUCUGUCCAGGACGUCACUUCGCCAAGUACGAAAUACUGACCACAAUUGCUCUCGUGGUGUCCAAGUUCGACAUCGAGUUUAUCGAGUGGACCAAGUUGGACGGGUCGCCGUCGGACAGGCCGGCUCGGAAUGACGCGCGGUAUUGCGGAGCUGGAGCCAUGCCUCCGGACCGUGAUAUGAAGAUUCGAUGGAAACGGAUCUCUUAGUACCCCUAAUCCACGUGUAAUUUAGUAUUAUCUUCUUUUAUCUAAGCAAGAUGCAAACUU